UGGUUGUCUGCCUGCCCUGACUGGGGGGUAACAACCCUGCACCAGACAGCGGCACAGACCGUUUCUACAGAACUUAGCUGUUAUAUUACAUAGUUUCAUCUAACUUAAUGUUAAAUGUAGUGAUAGUUGUUUUCUCCAUCCUUGUGAGCGGUGCAAGUUUAGACCCGACAUGUUUUCCUGGGUGCAAGAACACAAAAUCCUGGUCAUCCUGUAUUCCUAAUUACAGGCACCGCCCUGGCGGUCCUGGCCCUCGCGAGGAUGCCUGUAUCUUAUGUACUUCACAGCUACAGCAACAGUCAGUAUUAAAUCUGAAUAACUCCUCCCAGCAUACCUCAACAUGCCUUCCUAACAACUACCGUGUAGCGGUUCGGGGGUUCUCGUUUGGGAUACUGUCAGUUCAGAAACUACGACCAUCUCAGAAAAAGUCAAAAGUAAGUGAGCUUGCUCUCAUUGAGUGUGGAAUCACAGAUGUGGAACAGGACCUUUUGGCUGAGUUUCCUAAAUUGCAGACGUUACGCCUUGACUACAACAACCUGACCUACGUCAAGCAAAACUGGUUCAGUGGUGAGCGUUUUACCCCCGAGCAUUUUCAUGUCCUGUCAUUGUCACACAACUACAUCAGUAACAUGGAUUCAAAAUGCUUCCAAAUCCUGACUUCCCUGCACACAUUGAUACUGGACAGUAACUCUUUGCAAAGUGUCCAGCCAUCUUGGUUUCACAAUCUGAAAUGGUUGGGCACACUUUCCUUGAAAUCAAACUCUAUCAAAACGAUCCAUCCACAGGCAUUUAAGCCACUGUCAGGGCUGGGAGACCUAGACUUGAGCAUGAAUGAGUUGACGUGUUUGUCAAGUGAAACUUUAGAGGGGCUACAAAAACUAGACAAACUGUCAUUGGGUGGGGAUAGUUUGGAAAUGACCUGGCGACUGGGCUAUCGUUUCACUCCAUAUUACGGUCAGCGUAUCGCAGUAAGGGUUAACGAGGUGCUUUUCUGUAUCACUGAAUUCGAAGUUCCCCAACUGAAGAAGUUUUACAAUGUUCAAAUGCAACACAACACCCAGGUAACACAGGCAACUUUGCCAGGUUUGGAACCAAACAUUCAAUGUAAUAAUCUAGAUCUUAAGGGGCCAAAAACGAAAAGGCAACUGAAGUACAGCUUACCACUGAUUCUCUUAUCAGUAAAUAACACAGAAUCAGACAUCAAACCUGCUCAAAACAUCACCCACUUGUGCCAACAAGCUUGGGAAAAUGUCUCCACUGUAAGGGUAGCGUUAGGGGGAGACAUUACUCUGCAGAUUGUUCCCAUGGGUUUAGACAGGUCCUGCCAUCCCCAAACUGUUGCUAUCGUUAUAUCAAAUGUCAUCUCUAAAGAAAACAGGACCAGGCUGUAUGAUCAUGAAGAAAUGACGAAUGUAACAUGUUUGGUCAACACUUGGGAGGAGGAGACUUACCAACAUGUCUUCAUCGCGCCCCUGUCCAGUACUCCUGAUGGCACCGUGUGUCCAAGAAAGACCCAGGCCACAAGGACUCCCGAUAGUACCUUGUUUACGAGAGAGGGGAUGCCACUGACCACUAUAGAGCCUAAGAUCACGACAACAAAGUUAUCCCAGAAUCAGACUACAUGUACAUGUACAGUGUGUACAUGCAGUCCCUAUCCAAAUGGAACUGUGAAAGAGAGAUCCCCACAUGUAGCGAUCAUCAUAAUGGGAACUGUAAUAGGGGUAGUACUGGUAGAACUGCUUGUAGUGUACGUUAUCAGAAGACAGCGCUGUUGUACGGCCACACAGGAGCCUCCGCCGGCUGCGCCCUUCCCGAACUGCUGGUUGAUGGGUGGUCCAGGCCCCCUGGCAGGAGCCCGUGGUACAGCACCUAACAGGACUACACAGCAGUCAGGUGAGCAACAGUACAGUGAAAUUCCUGAUGAGUACUACGACCAGCAAAACACGCCACAGACUGAUCAUGAUUACAACUACUACAACACGAUCCCAGAUGAGUACUACAACCGAUACAACACAUACCCUCCGACACGCCGGAUACCUCAAGAUGACAGGGACUACUCUGUAAGACUGAACACUGCUGCAGCUGAGGUGGUCCUUCCUUCAUCAACCCGGCUGGGUGGCAAACACCCAUCCUACGAUACAGCCCCACAAGUCUGGAGAGACCCACAGAACUAUCAGAUACCUGCACGGGGACGUCAGACUAACAUCAGACCACACAGAAUACUAGUACCUCAAACAGGCAACAGUGGCCACCAGUAUAUGGGUUUGCUUGGUAACUGCAGAUAUAACAGGAGACCCCUAUCAUACCCUCAGAUACUUCAUGUACCUCAAAGACGAUAAGGAGUACUCUGUAAGAUUGAACACUGCUGCAGUCUGAGGUGGUCCUCCCUUCAUCAACCAGGCUGGGUGACAAACAUCCAUCCUACGAUACAGCCCCACAAGUCUGGAGAGACCCACAGAACUACCAGAUACCUGCACAGGGACGUAAUACAAACAUCAGAUCACACAGAAUGCCUGUAGCAAGCAGUAGUAGUACUAGUGAGCCACGAUACAUGGGUUUGAUUGGUAACUAUAGCAAAACAACUACAAAGUUCAGAAAGCAGAGAAUGCCCCUGUACAACAAUCCCCUUACCCAGCCCAACAGACAUCAGAUUAGCACAAAGUACCAGUCUGCACUCAAAGCUGAACAUCCAGAAAACUCAAAUCAUCCAAACAUGUCACGUCAACAGGCUUCAGAAGGGGUCAUUUAACCAUUUCUCAAGG